AUGGCCUGCCAAAACAGCGGAGGCAAGAACUACACCAACCGCAACGCCUGCGGUGUAACGUCCAAGCCAAAUCUAGGUUCGCCAUUCACAUUGGCUCUCUGGCUUUCCAAGCCUGCGUGGCGCCGAGCCUCCGUCAACACGUUGCGGUGCUUGGUCGGGUGCACGGCAGGAGACUUUUCGGCAAUGUGGUAUCUCCAAGCAUCCCAACCGGACCUUGGCAUGGGGGCCAUCAUGGCCAUCUCUAUGGCGAGCGGCAUAACCACCUCGCUUGCCCUCGAAACGGUUCUACUUCGCAAAGGUCGCGACGGCAUGUCCUGGCCGGUUGCCGUGAAAACCGCCGCCGGCAUGAGCAUGAUAUCGAUGAUGACCAUGGAGUUGGCAGAGAAUGCCGUCGACUACCACCUCACCGGGGGUCAGAUUGCCAUCGAUUCGCCCGCCUUUUGGGUCGCCGGUGCUGUGGCCAUGGCCGCGGGAUUCCUCGCGCCUCUACCCUACAAUUACCUCCGGCUGAAGAAGUACGGCAAGGCCUGCCACUGA